AUGGCCGCCACAAUGUCGAGACGAAUGUUGUCCAAAGACGAAGAAGGUGAAGAGACCGAGGUCCGCCGUGAAGACCAGGACAAGAUCAAUCGCUUCAGCACAUUGCACCAGAAAGAAAAGCUUCUACAAGCAGACCUGAAAACCAGAGAGAAGGAGAAGGAGGACCUCGAAGAGGUCUCCUCGGAGCUUGAGCUUGCUGAUGAAGACGAGAAAGUUUCAUACAAGAUCGGUGACUCUUUCUUCUUGUUGUCUCUGCCCGAGGUUCAGGAGUUGCUCGCAGCAUCAAUUGAGAAAAUUGACAGCGACGUGACAGCUGUCGAGGAGAAGCUCAGCGAACUCAGGGAAGAGAUGCAGCAACUCAAGACGGCACUGUACGGUCGAUUUGGUCGCAGCAUCAAUCUUGAAGCAUAG